AGGUCUUUUUCCCCCGGCGUUAUUCUUUCGUCCUCCAUUGAAGCCAAACAGCAACAAAGCACGACACAAACAAAAGAACUUUCCAAAGCGUACAUUAACUUCUCUCUUUCUCUUUUCACCGAGGCAGAGCGGCCUUUCGAACAAAAAAACCCUCGCUGUCGUUUUACGCCGUCGCAGCGCAUCAUCACAGCCAGCUGAACUAGGCACACACACACGCACACAGGCUCAAAAGAUACGUAAGAGAAAAUGAUGACGGCGGACCCGGAGGCGCUGCUGACGAAGUACCAAAACGGCUUCACCGUCUACGAAAACUUUCUGCUGCGCGAGACGCAGACGCCACCAAACUCGCAGCAGCGCCUUACGAAGCCGGCGAGGCAGCAGCAGCCGCACGUCGACCCGAAUGCGACCAUUCUGGACAUGAAUGAUGCACACGAUGCGGCAGCAGGGGGGGAAGACGGGCAGCUCGGCGAGGACGAGGCGGCGCACGAGCACAGCGCCGGUCGCCACGACGUCGCACGUCCACACGCGCGUCCUCACUCAGCAACAGCAGCGGCAGCAGCGGCAGCAACCGUAGAGGACACCUCCGCCAGCCCUGCCGCGCGUCCCCCCGCGUCUCACCGAACGACCUCCGCAGCCGCGGCAGCCGCCGUCGCACGAGCCAUCGCGGCUCAUGGUGGGUUGGAUGGACCCCUCACCGUCCCUCAAAGCGGCGGUGCCCCACAUAACCACCGCAGUGCGAGCAACAACACGGCUAGUGCGAGUAGUCGAACACCGCAUCAGGCAAAGUCCUCCGUGGCACGUCCGCUGUACCACACCCCCAACAUCACCACGACCACCGCUGCCGACCGUCGCCGCCCCUCGGCUGGGCUGCUGGACGAGGUCGACCAGUUAAUCGAAGAGCGCCUGCAGUCAGCUGGGCGCUACCGAUCGACCGCCUCGCCGGACGCGAUGUAUAUCAAAUCACAGGCGUGGCUCCUGCGUCGUCGCCAGAUCAACGAGGCCCUGCGCCGGGAGCAGGAGGAUAUGGAGCUGCGUGAGUGUUCCUUCCAGCCCCAGCUCGGGCCCGCCGCCGAGGCGGAGACGGCGUCCAACUUCCUGCCACCGGCCGAGGACGACAGCCCCUAUGCUGCGGCCGGGAGGACGGUGGCCGAAGACCCCGGCGUGGCGCAGCACCUCGCACGAUUGGAGGCGGCCCGGCAACGGCGCCGCGAGACACAGGCGCGUCUGGACGGCGCCCGCCACCGGAAGUGGACGGGCCGCACGACGGUGCCUCACGCAUUUCAGUUGGGCGGCCGCGUCGCCGAGCCGAUCCCGUCUCUGCGGAAGCCGUGUCAGCCGCAGGACGGCGAGGUAGAACCGUGGCUUGCCGGCGCGCACAACACCGCUAACGCCAGUGCGGCGACGACAAAGUCCGCGUCGAGGUCGAGAAUCGCGUUUGGCACCGUGGUGAGUGCGGAGAAGAUGACCGACUCGCCCAACGUGUACCACAAGAAGAGCCGCAGCGGGAUGCGCGCAAACGGUGGCGGCGGUGCACUGAAGCGCCGACCGAACGCGCAAAGCAUUCCGCAAAGCGAAGGGCAGCAGCCGCUGAUCUGCUCUCCUCCGUCGCAGCAGCAGCAGCAGAAACAAGAGGCAGAACCAGAGCGGGCCUUGCGUACGGUGGAUUAUGAUGCGGACGUCAAGCUGGGCAACAACGACGCCGCUGCUGUGGCGGCCAGCGAUGCUGCCGAGAUGGCGAGAGAUGCGCAGGACUCGCAGGACCUGGUGCGGCGUCUGGCGGAUCAGUUAGCGAACAAGGACGCGGUGAUUCAAGAGAAAAUGGACGAUUUAGAACGGCUGCACCGCGAGUUGGAGGCGGUGAAGGAGACGCUCCAGCAAAUCGCAUCGUUGGGGACCGAGAAGCCAUGA